AUGGCUCAGGGCCAACUGACCAACGGUCAGUAUUUUCGAAAGCAUCGGUUUGCCGAGUUGUGUCCACCAUCCGAUUUCCAGGUUGUUUGUCAUGGGAAGUUGAUCAAGAGCAGCCGCCAGCCAGAGACCUUCUACAACGGUUGGUACCCAGUCCGACAUCGGUGCUCUUUCCCUGAUCAUGAAGCUGUGCCUGGGGCCGGGCUCAAGUCUGAGAAAGGGUUACAGUUCAGGAACUACAGAAUCCUCUGCGACAUCUGCGACCACCCAGACAACAAGCUUGUCCUGGACAAGGAGAAAUCUUGCUGGUCUCAACUAGCAUCUUGCAGGAACUCUGUGGCACCCAGAAUGUGCGAACAAGACGUUUCUUCACCAGCAGCAUUGCCAGACGUGGAAAUGGAAAGAGCGAAACGCUGCAGUCACAAAGUGGAUGCCUACUGGAGAUACCACGAUCCUCACUAUGUUGCCUCUGCUGCUGGCCUGCCGAAUGAGAGCAGAGUUCAUGACAGCAACUGGUUCAGUAAGUUGUUGUGGCAAACCCCAUGUUUGCUAAAACAGCCUGAGUCUCAACAAACAGUGUCAGCAGAGACAAACCACUCUGAUAUGGGCCAUGGAGUCGACCAGCAAACAUGGCAGGCCGACACUUUCAACAAGCAACAACUCAUUGACAAGAUAUAA